UAACCUCAAUCCGAGACCGCUGCGUUUCGGCGAACAAACUAAUCUCACGUGUUUAUCUCCAGUUCUUUAUAAAGAAAUGGAAUAAAAACAUAAAAAUGAGUAAGUUGUACGUUCUGUAUGAGCAUAGCGCGGGCUUCGCCCUCUUUCGAGUGACUGAGUUCGAAGAGCUGGCAGCUUUCCUGCCGCAGGUGGAGGAGUCAGUCACAGACCUUCAGCGAUUCAACUCUGUCGUGACCCUAAUAGCGUUCCAGCCCUUCAAAUCUGCCGUUACUGCUUUGGAAAACAUAAAUGCCAUAUCAGAAGGUAUUGUAUCAGAGGACUUGAAUUUAUUCCUGGAAGGAGCAUUGCCAAAGAAGAAGAAGCGGUCAAAAUGCACCCUGGGGGUGUUGGACCCCAAGCUGGGGGCAGCCAUCAGCGAGGCCAUGGAGAUCCCCUGCUCCCAUACUGGAGCUGUUCCAGAGAUAUUGAGAGGUAUCCGCCACCACUUCCACGCGCUCAUCAAAGGGCUGACUCGGAAGGCGUGCAGCGUGGCCCAGCUGGGACUGGGGCACUCAUACUCGAGAGCUCGAGUCAAGUUCAACGUGCACCGGGUGGACAACAUGAUCAUACAGUCCAUUGCUCUGCUGGACCAGCUGGAUAAGGAUAUUAACACGUUUUCUAUGAGAAUCAGAGAGUGGUACUCAUACCACUUCCCAGAGCUUGUAAGCAUAGUUCCAGAGAACCACCUGUACACAAAAUGUGCGGAAUACAUCAAAGACCGCAAGACUCUAUCCGAGGAGUCCUUGGACACCCUGACUGAGAUCCUGGGGGAUUCUGAGAAGGCACAGGCAAUCAUAGACGCUUCCAAAAUGUCUAUGGGAAUGGACAUUUCGCCUGUUGAUUUGAUUAAUAUACAGAUGUUUGCCGGUCGUGUGGUGGCUUUGAGUAAUUACAGGAAACAGAUAUCAGAGUAUUUGCACACAAAGAUGAACAGCGUGGCACCCAACCUGACCACCCUGGUGGGAGACCAGGUGGGGGCCCGUCUCAUCUCCAAGGCGGGGUCAUUGACCAAUCUGGCCAAGUAUCCCGCUUCCACACUGCAGAUUUUGGGUGCGGAGAAAGCGCUCUUCCGCGCGCUGAAGACGCGGUCCAACACUCCGAAGUACGGGCUGCUGUACCACUCCACCUUCAUCGGCCGCGCCGGCCUCAAGAACAAGGGCCGCAUCAGCCGCUACCUCGCCAACAAGUGCUCUAUCGCCAGCAGGAUCGACUGCUUCUCUGAAAACCAAACCACCGUAUUCGGGGAAAAACUACGCCAGCAAGUCGAAGACCGUUUGAAAUUCUACGAAACUGGCGACAUACCUAAGAAGAACAUCGAAGUCAUGAAGGAAGCUAUAGAGGAGGCCACCCAGAUCGUUCAGGACGCCACAUCCAGCGCUAAAAAGAAGAAAAAGAAGAAGAAAAAGGAACAGCCUGAAGCUAUGGACGAGGAUUAGUGUUUGCAGUGACUGGAAAUAAAUAAUAUUCUAAUUGGGAAAGGGAUGGAAUUUGACUUAGUAUGGCGUUGUCACUUCAGUCUUCCUCAAAUCUCAAAGAGGGUUGUCGUCUGGCAGGCGGCUGGUCGUAAAGUUACAACCGAAUCUUCGAAUUCAGUCAGACCACCCCAUACCGUGUUCGUAAAGAAAUAAUAAACCAGUGAAUUGAAAUGUAAGGCCGUUUUAUGAUGGGAUCUAGACUAUUUAGGACUUUUUUCGAAAUAGUUGAUGGUAUUUGAAGUGGUAUCUAUAUAAUUACGAUUGAACUGAGGACAAUAUUUUCUUCGAGGUCUUAUUGUACAUUUUAUAUUACAUGAUGGCCUAUUAUCUCUUUUUCAAGCUAGUUGCAUUAUCUAUUGCCAGUCAUUGUACAAGUUUUUCACAGCGCAAGUGAUAACUUUAUACUUGUUAUUUUAAGAAUAGAUUUAUUUUAUAAGGGCGACUGACAAUGUAUGUGUACAUUUAUACAAUUUCAUUCAUUUAGUUACUAUUUCCUAAACAAAAAUCCUGGUAGAGAAUUCUUUGUAUUAUUCUGUGUAGGUAACAACAGUAGGUUUUAAUGUAACUAAACGAAUGAUAUAAACGUUAGUCUAUGUGAACUUUGAUUAAAUAAAUAUAUUGAAAGUUCA